AUGUACGAUCCCCUGGUCUCUACCACGGCGGACCUCCUGGUGCUGCUACGUGAGUUCCGUGUGCGGCCGGCUAUUUAUAUGCCGGUGUCCGAUUACGUGACAUGCGAUGAGUGGUUAAUGGAGAAGGCUGGUGUGAAGUUGGUGACGCCCACGACGCCGACGUCUUCAGGGGACGAGGGCGAGAUGUGCCUGCCGGAUGGGCCUCUGAUGCGUGACGAACGAAGCCGACGACGUGCCAUCCGCAAUGUGACGAACGCGUACGUGUGUCACGCGGAGGCGCUGGGGAUUGCUCCUGCGGAGGUGGCGACUGUCGUUGGCGCCUCUGAUGGAGAGGUGGUUAGCCGCCUAAGCCGCACACCGAAGAAGGAGCGCACAGUUCGGGGUCGUCGGACAGUGGGUCCGUGUAGUGCGCUUGGCUUUGAUGCUGUAGUGGCGGGGGAGGGGCGACACGACAAUACCGAGUAUGUGUGGCGUUUUUGGCUCGAGCCGCAUGUGUUCGAGGCGCAUUCGUGGAGGCGGCGCGGAUAA